GGACUUCCUCUUUGAACAGUUGCCUUUUCCUCUCACAGGAGGGAGAACUCAUUUUGUUUGAGACUGGAUAAAGUUGAAAACAAGCCACACAUCAGCGGGAGGGUAUGUUGGCUAAGAAGCCCCCGAAACCAGCCCCUCGAAGGAUCUUCCAAGAAAGAUCAAAGAUUACUGCUCUGCCCUUGUACUUUGAAGGAUUUUUAUUAGUCAAGAGGUCAGAAUACCAGGAGUAUAAACAUUAUUGGACGGAGUUGAGAGGAACUACACUUUUCUUUUACACUGACAAAAAGAGUACAAUAUAUACUGACAAGUUAGACAUAAUAGACCUCACAUGCCUUACUGACCAGAAUUCAACUGAAAAGAAUUGUGCAAAGUUCACCCUUAUUUUGCCAAAAGAGGAAGUGCAAUUGAAGACAGAGAACACAGAAAGUGGGGAAGAAUGGAGAGGCUUCAUCCUCACAGUAACAGAGCUGUCAGUUCCCCUACACGUGUCACUCCUUCCUGGGCAAGUAAUUAGACUGCAUGAAGUCCUAGAGAGAGAAAAGAAAAGGAGGAUUGAGAUGGAGCAGAUAUCAAGUUUCUCCCCAGAAAAAGGGAAGGAACCAACUGAAGAUUAUGUGGAUGUGCUGACCCCUAUGCCAGAAUGUUUUUAUACAGUGUCCCGGAAAGAAGCAACUGAGAUGCUUGAGAAGAACCCUUCCUUGGGAAAUAUGAUCCUGAGGCCGGGUAGUGACAGCAGAAACUACUCCAUCACCAUCCGGCAGGAUAUAGACCUGCCAAGAAUCAAGCACUACAAAGUGAUGAGCGUAGGAAAAAACUAUACUAUUGAAUUGGAAAAACCUGUAACACUCCCAAAUCUUUUCAGUGUCAUUGAAUAUUUUGUGAAGGAGACUCGAGGAAAUUUACGACCAUUUAUAUAUUCAACCACUGCAACUCUUGGUAGGACAAUAAUCAGCCUUUAAAUGUAUCCAUUUGGAAAUCAUUUUGUCACUGACCCUGUGAAAACAAGGGGAGUACUGAUAAAUCCUGGUAGAUGGAAUAUGGGCCCUUUCUAGAAAAAACAAAGAACAAAAAACCCUGAGGUAUGUGACUAUUAACUUCAUUCCAUCAUUGUACUCAACUUUAUCUGACAAGUUUGGUAAGAACAAAACCAUACUGAGUCAUAGAAACCAGACAGGGAAUUUAAAGUUAUGGUCUGUCAACAAUGUCAGAUGCUUGAGACAGAUGAAAAUGGACAAGGAUUAAGAGGACACCAUGAGGACUGGCCACUAGGCAAUAGAUGAUUUAAGAGUGAGGUCUUAUUCCACCAUAAAGGCAGAAGGCAGAGGGCAAUAUGCUAACAAGGAGUGAGUGGGUGGGGAGGAACCACAGAUAAAGAUUGUAGUUAGGAGUUCCUGUAGAAUUUGUGGGGCUGUUUGUUUUUAAGUUACUAAGAAUUUCAAAACAGUGGUAGCAGACCAUUAAACCGAGCACGAGAGCCACGGCAACUGCACAUUCACAUGACCCUGAAGCUGGCCCUAUUUGUAGUCCAGUUUUUGGCAAAGCAGGGCAGGCUGGAUGUGACAGUUUUUCUCCACCCUUUGAAACAAUUCCUGGUACACAUGGUCACCUGACAAGCUGUAAGUAGGACAGAAAAAAAAAA